AUGCGGUUACACAUUUCACUUCUUUUGCUUCUUCUUUUUACGACGACGCAAUCAAGAGGUAUUGAACCUGCCACGAUUUCUGUUGAUCGCAAUUGGAGCAUUCCCGAAUCAACAAAGAUCGGAACCAUCGUUCAAACUGUUCACGUUCAAGGAGAGAAUAAUCAAACAGUUAGUUACUCAUUAGAAUUAGUCGACCCGUUUAGUCCUAAUCAAGAAAAUCCCUUUUGGAUUCAUCCACAUACUGGCUAUGUAUAUCUUAACAAAUCUCUAGAAGGGCGUGCAAAUCAAAGACCUUUCAUCUUAUCAGUAGGAGCUGACGAUGGAAGUUACAGUGUGAAAAAUCAAGUUCGUGUAUCAAUCACGGGCAUAAAUGGAAAUAAUAGAAAUGAUAAUUUUGUUCCACUGAAGAAUUCAUUUCCGAAACUUCCAGAUUUUGAAUCACUCCCAACUCCAGUUCAUGGAGGAAAUGGCGGAAUCUUCAUUUCAUCAAUAAAACCAAAUAUAAGCCAUCCAAUAAAUAAUAAUGAAGUGGGAUCUCCGCAAAAUAAAACAUAUAUUGAAGAGGACGACGAUUCUGAUGAUUCUUUUAUAAAGUCGGGCUUGAAUGUAACAACUGAAACAGGUCAGACUGCAGGCCCAUCAGAUUCAGUUCAACUUAUCACGACACCAGCAAUCAUUCCUAUCUUUGUUGCUAUUAUUUUAAUAUUUCUCAUUGCUGGGAUUAUUGGAGUGAUCAUUUUUCGCAAGAAGAUUUGCCAGCCAUUCAGGCGCACAUUCAAGAAGAGCAAAGUUGAUAAAGCCAAAAAUUCAAACCAAAGCAUUCAAGUGAUUACAUUAUCUGAUGAAAGUAGUCGGAACUCAAUGGUGCUUCAGCAUUGGAUGGGUCCCCAAGCUUAUAACAACCGUUAUACUCCAUGGAGUAAUUUAGCAGCACGAAAUGUUUUAAUCACUGAAGAUUAUACUUGUAAAAUUGCCGAUUUUGGCUUUGCGCGUGACAUUGAAACUUCAAGAGUUUAUGAAAGAAAAACUGGAGGACGUCAGCCAAUAAGGACACCAGCACCUAAUCCAAAACCAACACCUCGUGGUCCAAAUUGUCGUCCAUAA